AUGGUCAGUCCUACGGUUCAAUCGUCUCUACCCGAAAGCCAACAACAAGGGCAAGACCAAAGAGCAACAACAACAACAGUGCAGUCCUCUUCUUCUGGGUCUCCCCCUCCUCUACCGCAGCAGCAAAGUAACGGUAGCAGGCGCCACAACCAAGCCAAGGAGACUGACGAUGACUACAGCAGCAGCAGCAGCGGCAGCAGCAGCAGCGGCGGCGGCGUAAGCAAAACUGUACCAGCACCUGCACCUCAAGUGAAUGUGUGGCAAGCUCGAAAGGCUGCCACCGGCAACGAUACGGAUAAAAUAUCCGAGCUCGAAUACAAAGACAAGCAAGAUUCAAGUGCAUGGCCUGCUCCCAAUGAGUCGCCAGCGACAAACACGGCCGACGACACGGAGCGAAAGGAUAAAAUCUCUUUACGCAAAGCAGGCAAAGGAAAAGGCCAGUGGAAGCGGUAUACACCGACUAUUACGCACGCAACACCUGCACCCGGCACGCGAAGUCGUCAACAGCAGCAGCAGCAGCAGCAGCAACAGCAACAGCAACAGCGUCCUCGUCAACAACAAGGUAGCACGAGUAAAAAGGACAAGAAACAAAGCCGCGGACGACGAGCAAGCCAUAGCAGUAAUAACUCG